AUGUUGCUCACAUGGAAUUGGAAGAAGCUUUUCGCCGUCCAGGCUCUUCUUACACUCGUCUGGGCACAGGCUCCCCAGCAAGACUACGAUGUCAUCGUGAUUGGCGGGGGUCCCUCUGGUCUUAGUGCAGCCAGUGGACUGUCGCGCGUCCUGAGAAAAGUAGCCUUGUUUGACUCGGGAGAGUAUCGCAAUAAUCCCACUCGACAUAUGCACGAUGUCAUUGGAAGUGACCAUGUCGUUCCGGCUGAGUUCCGAGCUGCUGCCCGAAAGCAAAUCUCUUUCUAUAACAUGACGACUUUCUUCGACCAAAAGGUCAUAAGCAUACAAAAGGUUGAAAACUCUUUCCAUGCUACGACCGCCAAUGGCACCUACACCGCACGCAAGGUCAUCCUGGCCAGCGGUGUGAAGGACGACCUCCCCAACGUCCCAGGACUCCGGGAGGCAUUCGGCAAAGGCGUGUUCUGGUGUCCAUGGUGUGAUGGGUUCGAGCACCGUGAUCAGAAGAUGGGUGUUUUGGGAGAUUUCUCUGAUGCGUACGACAGCGUGAAGGAAUUAUACCCAACUCUGAACAAGGACAUUCGCAUCUAUGCGAACGGCACCAACAACAACCCCGCUCAAAUCAACCGGAUUAACAGUAAAAACAUAGACUGGCAGAAAGUUUUCAACAAGUACAACAUUACUGUCAACCCUAAGCCCAUUUUAAAUAUCACACGAACACAAAACGGGGGUGACGUUCACGACUCGACAAGGAAGGAAUUCGACAAGUUCCUGGUUUACUUCACAGACGGGAGCUACGAGGAGCGGGACGCAUUUAUGGUCAACUACGGUGCUUCGCAGGCAUCCCAGCUGCCGUACCAAUUGGGAGUUGGGUUUUUGGGGAAGAAAAUAAACACGACGGCCCCUGGUCUACGGACUACUAUUCCCGGAGUAUGGGGCGUGGGUGAUGCCAACAGCGAUAAUAGCACCAAUGUCCCGCAUGCCAUGGCUAGUGGGAAGAAGGCGGCCGUUUUUUGCCAUGUUGAAAUGGCCACCGAGGAGCUGGCACAAGUCAGUGCCACCCAAGCCAAAAGAGCAGCCAUGCUGGAUGACCGGUCUGUACAUGAGCGUGCCGCAAGACAAAUGGGCGAUGAAGUCGGCAAGGUUUACAGGAGGCUUGCCCACUUCUGA